AUGUCGUGAGCGGCGCUGCUGCUUUACGGCUGCCUCUCCCAGGACGCGAUCUCCGGAGCGCCCACCGCAGCCGGCCGGGUCUCCGGGAGAUUUGGCCUGGCGGAGAGCGAGAGGCCCGGCGCUCCACUGCCCUCCCAGCAGCGCCCGUCCAGGUCCCCGGCGAUGUGAGCGCGAGCCAGCUGCGGCGCCCCCUGGCCCGGGGUUGAGACGGGCGGCAGGUGCCUGUGAGGCGGGCGGGUGCCGGGGGCCAGCAGGAUGGAGGAAAGCAUGGAAGAGGAGGAGGUGCUCAUCUACGAGGCGAUGAUGGACGACCAGAACCACAACAACUGGGAGGCCGCCGUGGACGGCUUCCGGCAGCCCCCGCCGCCCGCCUCGUCGAUCCCCGUCUCUACUUGCGAGUCCCCGGGCGGGCAGCUGCUGGCGGUGCCCACGGUCUCCGUGGACAGGAAAGGCCCCAAGGAGGGGCUCCCGAUGGGGCCGCCGCCGCCUCCGGACGCCAAUGGGGUGAUUAUGAUGUUGAAGGGCUGCGACGCGGCCGCCGCCGUGGCUAAGGCGGCCCCCGCCCCCACCCCCAGCUCUACCAUCAACAUCAACACCUCCACCUCCAAGUUCUUAAUGAAUGUUAUAACUAUUGAAGAUUAUAAGAGCACAUACUGGCCAAAAUUGGAUGGUGCCAUAGAUCAACUUUUAACCCAGAGUCCUGGUGACUAUAUCCCUAUAUCCUAUGAACAGAUAUACAGUUGUGUGUAUAAGUGUGUAUGCCAGCAGCACUCGGAACAGAUGUACAGUGAUCUGAUUAAAAAGAUAACUAAUCACUUAGAGAGAGUCUCAAAGGAGCUGCAGGCCAGCCCUCCGGAUCUCUAUAUUGAAAGAUUUAAUAUAGCUCUUGGACAAUAUAUGGGAGCAUUGCAGAGCAUUGUGCCUCUUUUCAUAUAUAUGAAUAAGUUUUACAUCGAAACCAAGCUUAACAGAGAUUUAAAAGAUGACCUUAUUAAGCUGUUUACGGAACAUGUUGCAGAAAAGCACAUUUACAGCCUAAUGCCUUUACUUCUAGAAGCCCAGUCAACACCAUUUCAGGUCACACCUUCAACUAUGGCAAACAUCGUGAAAGGCCUGUAUACUCUCAGACCAGAGUGGGUUCAGAUGGCUCCAACUCUAUUUUCUAAAUUUAUUCCAAACAUUCUCCCUCCGGCAGUGGAAUCUGAGCUUUCUGAAUAUGCUGCUCAAGACCAGAAACUUCAAAGAGAACUUAUACAGAAUGGUUUCACAAGAGGUGACCAGUCCCGGAAGAGAGCUGGGGACGAGUUGGCUUAUAAUAGCUCCUCUGCAUGUGCAAGUUCCAGGGGAUACAGAUAGUGAAUGUGUCGAAUGUACUUUCCUCCCCAAAGAGGAAACACUGGAGCUGCAGAGACUGUGUUCAGAGCGCAGCGGGGCCUGCAGCACUCAGGAGCUCUGUCGUCAGGCUGUUCUUGGGAGAAGAUGCCGGACUUCUUAUUUUGGUUUGUAAUUUUUAAAAAACUAACAAAAAAACAAAAACAUAAGAACAGUUGCUGCUAGACUUGGGGGUGAUUACGGUAUGGGACAAUCUUUUACUGAGUUUAUCUACAGAUUCUGUGAGGAGCAAGCAUCUUGGAAAGUGACCACUGCUAAGUGAAAUCCAAGAGCCAGAAUCAGCAGUGUCCUCCAGAACGACAAGGGAAGAAGAAAUCUUUUUUUUUUUUUUUUAAAGCACUUGUUUUGUUCAUUUGUGGACUUGGCACUUUGUACUGGUUUCACAUGUCGAGAUAUCUUUUGCUUUAAAACCAAGCAGAUGGUUACAAGACAGUAUUUUUCACCCAUAUUGCAGACAGCCUCCUUUAAAAUAAGAACGGUCUUUGUUUAGCAUUAGAAUGUCUGGUUAAAGCAGAAUAUCAACUCAGCUUUCAGUAGACCCUUUCCCCAUGAAUUCACAACCCUUUCCUAUUCUGUGCCUUGAGCUUUGUGCACUUUGCAACUGUGUGAUGGUAUUGUCAAACUUACAAAUGCCUCCUGGAGAAGUUGCUGGCAUUCUGAGCCAACCCACCAAAAUGUCAAGUGUGUCUUUGUGGCAGGAUGUGAAUUAAGUGGGAAAGUAGAAAUGUGUUGCACAUUGGUCAGAUUCCCCCUCUCCCUCCCAGUGGCACCAGGGCAUGUUCAUGGUAAUGUGGGGACCAGUUCUCACACAGCAUUUCCAUUCCACCAUCACCUCACCUGAUUUCACCAGCUGCUGUGGUGUGGGUGAUACCCCAUUUCAGAUGGGUGGCACUGCAGCACUAGCGCCCCUUUUUCAUACCGUGGGGGAAUGUCCAGUGGUAGGAGCAGCUUCCUCUGAUACUCUAGGAAGUACUGUAGUUACUAAAACCAAAUAUAAUCCAUGGCGUGGACUUUCUGAUUCAUUUCAUUUCAGUGGAAGAGAUGAGUACUUUAAAAAGUAGUCUGCACUCUGUAUCUCUUAAAACAGUGUAUUUGACAUUUUAGUGGAAUAGGGAAGAAGUCACACUACUGCUUUAAGGCCUGCUUCCAGCUGCAAUGAAGCUACAUUUUCUGUUUCACCAAACCCACAGUGCUACUUAAUUCUCUAUAAAAGCCUCUGAAGCUUACUCUAGUUGUUUUUGAAAGGCAAAGAAAAAUUGAAAGAUACGAUAAGGGAAAAAUACUUUUCUUCUGUUUUGCUUGAAUGUAAAUUGAGCAUAGGCUUCACUCCAUUGGGCUACUGAUAGUUACCUCUUCAGAGAAGGGAAGACGUACCAGGGAUGCCAUCACACUGCUGAUUUGCAGGCUUUUCAUAGAGUUGCCUCUACCAAUUCCGUGUGUCUUUUUAGGGGCGUGUAAUGGGUAUGGGCCUUAGAGGUGGGAUAUUGGGAGCAAGGAAGUCAUCUAAGAGAAGUCCUUGAUUUGCAAAAUUAUGCAGUGGAGUAAAAGUAAAGGUGAGGUAUAUUUUGAGGUAGUUACCAGCCAGUUGCUGCAUUUUGUAGAGGACUUUAGUUGGACUCAUUCACCCUGAGCAUCAUGGAUUGUACUGAUGAACACUGAAUUACUUUUAGAACAUAUAGAGGCUCUGUGACCUGCUAUACCAGUUAACAGGCUGGUAUCAAGAAACAAUUCCAUUUUAUCAUGAAGCCUAAAUUUUACUUUGCUCAGUGGAAUGCUUCCUAUAGGCUUAUAUAUAGUACCUGGGACUGAAGUGUCUCUUGAGUGGCUUUGAUGAUAUUUCUGAAAGGAAUAAAAUUGGAACAUUUCUUUAAACAUAGAUGAAUUCUUCAGUAUCCUAAUAACAUACCCAAUUGCUUUUUCUGGGAAAGAACAUUCUUUUUUGGCCAACAGAAGAAUUUUCCCUAUAAUAAAAGCAUUGUAUUGUGAUGUGAAUUGGCAUUAAAGUCUUUGGAUGCCUUUGCAUUGUUAAGUUAAUGGAGAAAUAUUUUAUGUUCUUUUUAUUAUUGUGUGUGUUAACCAAAAAAAGUAGGCAAAGGAAAGUCUGUAAAAUUUAGUUUCUUAGAGUUUUUGUAUAAUGACUACAUCCAGCUGUGGGUCAGGCUUGGUACCCCAAAGCUGUUAUCGGAAGGUGCCCUGAAGGAGUACCCAUUUACACAGUGCGUGUGCCCUGGCUGUGACGAAUCUUAGCCCCUUGAGGUGCAUUACAGGAAACGUAUUCCUUUAAGUAAAAACUGAUGUACCUUAUUACUUGAAAUUCUUGACAGACUUCUUUGCUUAUAACAUGAAAUAAAAUUUGUGCCCCUCUCAUUUUUUAUUGACUGAGUACUACGGUUUGCCAGAAAGUAUUUUCCUUUCCUGUUUAUUUGUAUUCUUGCCAGGACAGUAUACAGUUUUUCCACCCCAGCUAAAUACUGGCUUUUGUAUGAAAUCAUUGGAGAUCCAAAUCAUUGAAGACAGAGUAUUUUAUAUGCCGAUUGAUUGGUUAGUCAGUACAUGCAGUUGAUGUGACUAAACUGGCUAGUACUUAUGUGCAGCUGAAAACUAGCUACUUAGAAAGCCAGGAGUCAGGUCAGUCAUCUUCAAAUAAUGCAUGUAAAAUAAAUAGAUAAUAUUGUUUUAAGAAACGGUACGUAUUUUAAAGGUUGGCCUAAGCUAUGGAACAGUGUCAUAUCUCAUGACCUCUGUUGUCACAGCUGCACCCUAACCCGGCAGGAAUUAUUACUCCUUCUUUGGGCGGGGGAGGGAGUGGGUGGUAAGAAGCAAAAUCUGGUAUUGUAACUCUUGGCCUAAUAGUUCUGAGGCAGGGCGAGUAAGAAGCAGCACCUGGCUGUAUGACUUGUGCAUUAUUAAACUUUGCGGAGUUUUUUCCUGCCCCUUUUGCAAAUUUGUACUUCUUUCAUUAGGAUGAAGGUAAUUAGCGGGUAGGUAAGACUGUGGAGAAACGGAUGCCCAUGCCCGUGAACACUGCACAUGUUUCCCGUGCUCCGAGCUGUCCAGCUGCCACUUCCUUGCUGUACGCUAUGCUUUCUGCUGGGCUGCAAAUUUGCACAUAUAAAAAAUUCCUCAGGAAGAGUUUGCACAUGCAUCACGUCACAAUAUUCUGUACAGACCAAAUGAGGGAUUUGAAGGUUUUUAGCACAAAAGGAUAACUUCAGAGUGGUCUGUACACCUUGCAGCAAAGGUAAUGGUAAUCUCGCAAACAAAAUUGGUUUCUGCAGUUAGAAAGUGAGCAGGAGUAUCAUAGUGUUUGAAUAAUCCUGUUGCAUCUUCCUGUAAUCAGAAUUUGUCUUACUGAGGCUGCCCAGAUUUUAUUGAUUGUUCUCCCAUCUUAAGUGCGGAAAUUAUUUCUGUGAUUACACAGGAGAGGUGUUGCCCUUGAGGUAAAAUUCCCUUGCUAUUAUUAAACUAACUGAGCAUUGUUUUAUGACUGCACACUAAUCUGAGAUAUGAAAGAACAAACUAAAAACCAAACAAAAAUUCUACAUUAGCUAUCCCGCCAUUGUUUGGAUGUUUUGACUUGAUUAUUCUUAUGGAGUGUUGUUGAUCUUUUAGCUUGGAAUAUUAUGUUUACUUUAAUCCAAGUAUAGACCUCUUUAUGGGACUUUAAAAUCCAACAGGUCAAAAUGUGAACCUCUUGAUUGAUACCAGUAAGAGGGUUACAGGACCUUUUUAGCUGUGAUUAUUGUUUUCAGUAAGAUUGCAAGGUGUUCAUUUUUAUCAGAAGUUAAAAUGAAGUUUCUAAGAAGAGUUCAUGGAGAAAUGGCUGUCCUAUCCUAUUAGCAUUAUUACCAUAUUAAAAUUGGCCUCAGUUUUUGGCCACCAAAGUAUGUGAAAUUUUGCCAGACCUGAAUAACUAAAAAGAUACCACAACAGGAGAACGGGUUAAAACAAACCAACCAGAACCAAACAAACAAAAAACUGGGGCAUUUAUCAGAAGUUAAAAUGAAGUUUCUAAGAAGAGUUCAUAGAGAAAUGGCUGUCCUUUCCACGGAAAACGGUUCUUCUGGCCCCCCAUUGAUUAAAGUCACUAAUGCCUCCUCCACUGUCUGAGACCCUGUUCUGAACCUCUUUCCCGAGCCAAGUGCUAUAAAUCCAUAUACUGUUUCAGCUUAUGUUGGUGGAGUGGCUGUGGGAGAAUUGAAGAAAAUGAUAGAGAGAAUUCUUACAGGACCCUGGUAUAUAUAUUGUACCCCUGCUGGUUGGAAAUCAUCUUUAUUUCAGGUUGGACUGCAUUGUUUAGAAUAUAUUUAUGGAUUAUAAUUCUGGGGAAUUUAUAGGGUGGUUCUGGGGUUAAUUCUGUGGUUUGGAAAAAAUAAAUAUUUUGUAUUAAUUCUCACAUGUUAUUUCAACAUUGUAACUAUGUACUAAAUGCAAUAAGAUUGUGGCUAUUCUCUUAGGGUGUGUUUUAUUAAACAGAUGGCAGUUUACUCGCU